UUGCUAAGGUUAAUGUACAGCCAGGGCUCAUCUUUCAAAUGGCGUUUGGGUUAACUAAAACCACCUAACUGCUUAAAAUGAUUUGAACAAGAAUCGAGUGGACUUCCGUAAAUGUCGAAGCGAAAAAAAGAAAGUUUCCUCUUCGAUUUCAAAGAAAUAUCUGCCUCGGAAUAUCUGCCUCGAAGUCCUUUUGUUUUUCCAAUAAGUUGAGCGUGUGGUCAGGUUCCGCACGUAGCGCCUGCUGUUCCUGGGCUGCAUAUUUAAUUACCCACGUAGUCUAUCACUCUUUCUGCACUCUAAUAUGCUUUUACAUCAGUUUGUCAACGGGACAGUGGAAGCGACGCGUCCAAGAGACACCACUUUUACGAAGAUCUUUGUUGGUGGUCUCCCGUAUCACACCACAGAUGCAUCUCUUAGGAAGUACUUCGAAAUCUUCGGGGACAUCGAUGAGGCCGUAGUCAUUACCGACAGACAGACUGGGAAAUCGAGAGGAUAUGGUUUUGUUACUAUGAUGGAGAAAGCAGCAGCAGAGAGUGCAUGUAAAGACCCAAACCCUAUAAUUGACGGACGGAAGGCCAACGUCAACCUCGCAUACCUAGGGGCCAAACCUCGCAGUCCACAGACUGGGUACUCUAUUGGAGCACAGCAGAUUCACCCUGCUCUGAUCCAGAGGCAGUAUGGAUUGGCCCAACAGUAUGUCUGUUCACAGGCCUUGCUGCCGCCCAGCCUGGUCUUCCCCACUCAGCUCAGCACUGCCGUAACCUCCCCUUACCUGGAUUACAGCAGUGCCUACAUGAGCUGCACAUCGGCAGCCUUUGAGCAGUACCCCUUCAGCCACUCUCCGGUGUUUCUGGCCUACACCUUCCCUCCAGCUACUCCAGCACCAACGUCCACCACCCCCACCUCUCUUCCCAUGUCCCUCACAACACCCCCCUCUGCAGCCUUCUCAGUGGGCGGUGCCCCCACCACUGGCUUUCUCCAUCUUCCUCCUGGUCCACUUCACAGCGAGCACCUGUAACUAGAAGGAGAAGAUGCAUAUUGCACUAGAAAACAGAACCAUGGCAUCAUAUACAUGAAACUCCCACUGCAGAGAGGAAGACAGAGUGGGAUCUUCCAAAGGACUUCCUGGAGACUUUAUCAGCCUUUAGCUUUUCUAAUUAUUAUUAUUAUUAUUAUUAUUAUUAUUAUUAUUAUUAUUAUUAUUAUUGUUAUUAUUAUUAUUAUUAUGUCUCACUUGUAUAUUACGUAAAGUGGAUCAGUGAGCCACAGGACUGUAAUACUUGGUUGGGCUACUAGAAACAGCAGUAAAUGAAGAGAGAACAAACUCUUUCAGAUGGUUUUCUCACCACUGAAUUGUUAGAUACAGUUCAGUUAUGAAUUUGGCUACAUCUGGUGUAUGUUCCUGUUACAUAUAAACACACAUACUGUUUCUGAAUCCAAGCUGACCCUUUAUACACGGUCCUGAUGGUGAUGGGCUUUUGGAACAAGCCUCUUUAGGUUCCACUUUUGUAACGCAAACCCUUAAGACUUCAUUCUCCCCUCUGCUGGAUGCUGAUGCUUCAUGGUCCUAUUUUGAGCCAACUUAUUUAAUGUAAAUAUUAAUGUAUCAUUUUUAUAUAUGUGUCCUUCCACUUUUUGUAGGAAAUUACAGUCAAAUUGUCUUGA